AUGAAUCUGACCAAGACGAGCGUGAGUGAUCGAAAAUCAGCACCAAAGUAUGAGAUCAUGGGCCUUACGAUUCGCAACAUUGGAGCUGGUCUUGUGGUAGAAAGCAUAACGCUGGAUUCUUGUUUCAACGACGCGAAGUUGAUACGGGAGUCGCACAAUGGAAUGUGGACUGGAAGGAUUGAAAUCGAUGAUUACCUGAUACGGAUCGGUACUCAAGAACUGCAGAAGGGAGAUUCGUCCAUAAACAUCGAUGAGAUCUUUGAAGCAGAGAGGAAGCAAUGUCAUGAUCAUAUGCUGUUUGGAUUCGAGAGGAGAGGUUUGGAUCCAGAGGUUUCUCCAGCUUAUGCAGUAUCUGUGAACUUGCUGAAGAAUAAGAAAGAAGCGACUGAACCAAUUGGCAACGUAGAGAACAAUGAUCAUGAGGAGCAGGAGGUCCAACACAGGCAAACUCUCAAGCUAGGAGCCAGAAAUCUUGAGCUGCCAACCCCUACGGUUGAGGAGAUUGAAGCAGACAAUACUCACGACAACGAAGACGACGACGCCUCUCCGCCUGCGCAAAGUCUUGAGAUUAAAGUAGAGGAGCUGAUUUCGGCUACUCAGGAAGCCCUCGAUGACACGGAAGCGAAGCAGAAGCAGCAGGAGAAGGUGUGGUUGAAUGAGGUGACCGAGCUAGGCAGGGAGAUGCGAGCUGAAGCGAGGAAGGCGAGGCAGGCUGAGCAAGACAUGAAGUCUCUCCAUAUCGAGUACAAAACGCAGCUCAAGUCGAUUCAGAAGGAUCUGCAGGAUCAGCUGCUGAAGAGCAAGCGGCACAUUGAAGAAUCGGAUGCGGUUGGGCUCGACUCCCUUGAGCUCGCAUCGUCUGCUCUCGACCUAGUAGAAGUGCUGAUGGUAAAGUUUCAGUCAGACACUUCGAGCUACGAGAAGAGGAUCCACAGGCUGGAAACUUCGAUGGCUCAUAUGAAAGAGCAGGCAGAGCUCGAAGCCAGAAAUGCAGCGAAGAUCGUGAUGGAAAGUUGCCAGGAGGAAAAGAACAAGGUUGAGAAGAGACUUCUCAUGGCCGUCCAGGAAGCAGUUGAGGAGAGGCUCGAGCUAGAGAAGAAGGCAGAAGAGUCUUUCACUGAGUUUGAGUCCACCAAGAAGCAACUUGAAGACCUGAUUGCUGCGGUGGUUGAAGAGAACAAGGAGCAAGUCGAACGCAUCCAACAAAUGGAGAUCGACAAGAAGGCUCAGGAUGAUCGCAUCAAGUACCUUGAUCAACUCCUGCAGAAGGAGAUCAGCUCGAGGACGAUCGCAGAGGAGGAGAGCGCUAGGCUGCAGCAGGACUUGUCGAAUGCUAUGGAGGUGAUCGUGUGUCAAACGGAUCAGAUUCAGCUGUUGGAUGCGGAGGCUACGAGUUUGACCACUUUGCUGGAGGCUGCGAAAGAGAAGGAAAAAGCUCUGACCAUGUCUUUGGAGGAGAGCGUAAGACAGGUGGACUCUUGUCAGGAGAAGACGACCGAGGUUGUCAGUCGCCAUGAGCAAGACCUGAAGCGCUUGCAAGAGUCUCUUGUGCGGGAGAGGGAGAGGGCCGAUGUUCUGAACUCUCUCAGGCAGAAAUCCAAAGAGGCGAUGAGGGAGAAAGAUGCUAUCUUGGUGUCGGCUCUGCAGGAUUUGAACUCCGUGUUUGACAAGGUCAAGGCUAUCAACCUCGAGUUUGGGGAAACGAAAACUGCACUUGGCCGAUCUCUCCAGUUGUGUGAGGACUGUCUUGACGAGUUUGACAAGCACACUGUGCGAUGGUCUCACAAAGUGGAGGAGAGCUGGGCGUUGUAUACCUCCCUGAAAGAACGGCACGCUGCGUUGUCAUCAGAAGCUCCUGUCCAGCUCGAGCAGGGCUGUCAGAGUCUUCCUCCUCCUACUACUAGCGAUUGUUCCUCGCAGUAUGAGCUUAGUUCGGACCAGCUGGGCAAGGAAGAUGGAACUCAGCACAAGGAGAGGACGCGGCUGGGCAUGCCGCUUGCCUUCAAGCUGCCGGAGGUGCAGCCGACGGAGGAGCCGGUGGAAGAGAAGACGAUGCAGAACUUGCGAGAGCAACUAGAGGAUGUGCUUGAGAGGGAGAGGAUUCUGCUGGGGAUUUGCAGGAAGAGGGAAGGGGAGCUGAAUAAGGUGAGAGAGAGCGAGGAGAGGAUGAAAAGCAGCAUGAUAGCCAUUCAAACUCAAUUGGAGGAGAUGAAGGAAAGCUCAGCGGAAAUGAAGAGGUUGGAGGAAGAGAAAAGGCGAAGCUCGAUGGCAGAGAAGGAGGCGGCUGCAGGGGACGAGAUCGAAACCUCUCAGCUCAAAGUCUCCCGUGACAAGCUCGUCGACGUUCAAUCUUACCUCUACAAGAAGGUCGUCGGGCUCGAGCAGGCGCGACAAGACGCGUUGAGGGAACUCACGAGCAUCAAGCUGGAUAUCAUAUCGUCUGCCGGCAAGGAUGUUGGAAGUGAGUUAGAGGACCUUCGAGGAACUUCGGCUGCCCUGCAGGCGACAGUGAAGGAGCUGCAGCAGGAGGCGCGAGAGCGGAAGCGUCAGCUGCGCAUCCUGACCAAGGAGAACUCGACGCUGCGAGAAGAGCUAGAUGGAUUUGUGUCGGAGAAAGUUCGGAGGGAGGUCAAAGGGCACAGACAGGAGGAGAGACUCGCUGGGAUGGAGAAGACGAUCCAACGCCUCCUCACCCUCGAGCUCCUCCCUCUCAAGAUCGAGCUCGAGCUGCUGGGCAGGGACCUCAUACUGCAGUCAGAUGGCGGGGAGGGAGAGGAGGAGGAGGAGGAGGAGAAGAGGAUGGGGAGUGUCAUAGCAGGAGACUCUCGUGGGGAGCUGGUGAAGGCGCUGCGAUCGCAGGUGCAGGUGGACCUGAACCGUGUGAAGAAGAGGAACGCCCAGCUGCAGUCGAUCGUCCUCGACGAGCACACGAGAGGCAGGGCAAGUAUCUCCGUGCAGACCGAGGAAGAGGAAGAGGAGAGAGAGAAGGAAGCUCAUGGAGCGGACACAAACCUCGCGUCCUGUUGGGCGGAAAAGGCCCAGGUGAAACUCCCCUGGGGAGAGGCGAAGCGGACGCACCUCGUCGAGCAGGAAGUGGUGGUGGUGGAGGAGGAGGAGGAGGAGGAGGAACACGAGGAGCUAGGAAAAGAACCAGGAGAAGUUGAAACUGCUUCCACUCUCGUGGGUAAUGGAUCAGCUCAAGAACCGAUGAGGGCGGCAAUGGUAAAGAAGCAAGAGACGAGAAAGGAUGUGACUGCUGCUGCUUCCGGAGCGGAAGAGGAGGAGGACAAGUUGUAUCCCUGGAGGAUGAUGCUAGGAGGGCUAGUCUCCUUCAACCUUCUCUUCUCCUUCCUCGACGCCUCCUCCCCGAGCUCCACGUGCGUCCACUACGGUCAGGAGGCCAUCAGACCGACGAGUAUCUUCCUCGCUGACUUCGCGCUCAACUUUCCUCUGCUCCUCUUCGGCUUCUGCAGGGACCUCUCCUCCUUCGGCUCCGUCGUCGCUUCCUCCGUCGGUGCUUCGGUCGCCUUUCACAUGCUCCUCCGCGCCUUCGAGCUGCUCCAAGUCGCUCUUCCUCCUUCUGCCUUGUGCGCGCUGACUCUCCUCCCCAUCGUCCUCGUGGUUGUCAUCGCGAACUUGCACGUGCUCAUGUGGCUGGUGGCUGCUGCAUCAUCCUCAUCUGUGAUGGUGUGGGUAGCCAUGGAGCUGCUGAACAAGGAGGAGGAAAGGACGGCAGUGUUUCAGAUGACGCAGCUGGGUAUGAGAAGGGGAUUGGAGGAGGUGCAGGAGUCGCAUGUUCAGGUGAUGAUCCUGACCGUCUACUGCCUGCUGCUGCUGGGGAGGAGCACGAGGAGUUACCCGCUUGUCUCCUCCUUCUCCCUCAUGCUGCUGGCGAUGAUGUUGCUCGACCCCGAGGCGGUGGAGGGGGCAAGGUCAAGUGUCGAGGCCCUGCUGACAGACAGGCAGCUGGCUGGAGGGAUGGUGGCAGGAGCAGCAAGGAAGUGGGUGGGGAGGAUGGCAGGGAUGGUGGGGAGAGGAGGAGAAGACGUUGCACGAUCCUUCAAGGCCCUCACUCCCCAGUGGAAGCUGACCAUCUGCUUCCUCGCCGCCUCCUCCCUUCUCGCCAGGUUUCAUCCUCACGGCAGCGAGAGCUGGAUGUCGGCGAGCGGCGGGCUGCUGGGGCUGAGGAUGGCGGAGGAGGCGAGCAUGCGGCUGAGGAGCGAGGGGGAUAGCUCUCCUCCUCUCCUCCUCUUCCUCGGCACCAGCCUGAUGCUCGUGAUGCUCGCCUUGCUCUCCUCGUCCCUCGCUAUCGUCCGGAGGAACAUCGCACCUGUGCUCGCCUCCUCCUCCUUCAUCGUCAUGGUCGCCCUUGCCCUCGUCCUCUUGUCGGGGCAGCACAGCGUUGCUCCGCUCCUCCAGGCUCUCCCACUGCUCUGUGGACGAGGAGGAGCAGGUGGAUUUCUCGAGCGCGUGGACGGGGAGCAGGCAUCGCUCGCACAGAGCUUCAUGCUCUGCGUGUGCGAGGGAGGAGACUCGUGCGGACCUCUGCCUCUGAGCAGGGCACAGGCGUUGCUGUUGCUUCCUACCGCGGGAUCUCUCGCCCUUGUCCUCCUCCUACAGGGCAGCCGCCAUGCUUCGGUUCUCCCCGUCGUUGUCGUCAGCUACCUGACCGUCAAUUGGAUGCUCCUGUGCUCGGCGGAUCUACUUGGGGGGGAGGAGGACUUGAUCUGCCUCUCCUCCCUCCGCGUGUCUCUCGUUCGCGGUCGACAGGCCGCAAGCAGCAUGGCCGUCGCUCUCCGUGAGGCCAACGAGGUUCUGUCGGGGAUGAAGGAGGGGUCCGGCGUCGGGCUCCAGACAGGGGUCAACCUUGCCGUGCUCCUCUUCCUCAGCCGCAGGAGCAGCGAGUGGGUGGCUUGCUCAGCAUCGACUGUGCUGCUCCUUAUGCUCGCCGCCUCCUCCUGCUUCCUCGGGAUCCUCGACCUGCCGGCUGCUCUACGACCCAUCAUCCCUCUGCAGCUGCUCCUCUUCCUCCUCUUCCUCCUCCGUCCUGUCGCCUCCUCGGUUGCUGCGCUGACGCCGAGCAUGGCGCUGCUGCUCGCGAUGCUGCGAUGCUCGCUUGAGCUGCUCGGGGAGGAGAACGGGAUCUGUCGAGCUGGGGGAGAGCUAGUGGAGGCGAUGGUGAAGGAGGCGACGCGAUUGCGGACGAGUGAGGCGAUGCUGGUCGUGACGGGGAUGGGGAUCAUCGCAGUGAGCUGGCGGAGGAAGAAGAGAGCAGCGGAGGAGGAGGCGAUGGCCUGGCUGGGCGGAGCUCUGACGCUGAGCAUGGCAGGAGAAGCGAUGCUCGCGCUAGCCAAGGGAGAGGAGGAGGGGAAAGUGGCAGAGAUGCAGGAGAAGAUGUGGAGGAUGGUGGGAGGCGCUGCCUUUGUUGUGCUCGUCCUCGAAUUGACUGUGAGGCGUUUUCCUAUCCUCCUCUGGCUCGCAGCCCCGCUCGGGGGGGCGAUGCUGGCGAUGAACAUGGUGAGAGUAGCGGUACAUCGACUGAGAACUUGA